AUGGAUCGACGGCGGCACCCUCCAGUGCCCACAGUACGCGAGGUGGUUCCCGGUGCUGGCGUCAACAUCGUGCUCAAAGCCGACCAGCCAACGGGCCGCACCGUGCAGGGUGUCAUCGGCGAUGUCCUGACGCGUGGGAACCACCCGCGCGGCAUCAAGGUGCGGCUCACAGAUGGGCGGGUAGGGAGAGUGCAGACCAUGUCUUCGUCUGCUGCGUCGACCUCCGGGCAAUCCAGUGGCCCCACCACCCUCGCUGGAGGGACGCAGGAAGCCAUGAUCCAUGAGGGCCACGCCUCAGGGAGCCGCCCGAUCAGAGGUCGCCGGCGAGACGGUGGCGGCGAUAUCAGAUACAGUGAGGACCAAGACCUGCCUCCGCAGCAGAUCGGGCUCGAUGCCUAUGUCAAGGAGAAGAAGCCCAAGAAGCGCGGGCGGGGCAAAGGCAACAGCAGCACCAGCGGUGCCAGAGAUGCCGAGGAAGAUCUGCCCGCCGGUGACUCAGCCACCGACUCCCGAGCGCCGCCUGAGUCGGCGACUUGCCCAGUCUGCGGCGAAUUCGAAGGCGACGAAGCGGCUGUUGCCCACCACGUCGCCUCUCACUUCGAUGAGGCAACCACGUGA